AUGAGUGUGUGGUGCCUUAUGGGCAUUCUGGGUACAUUUGUAGGAAUAACUGGAUAAAAUUACCAAAGGAUAGGUUGUGAAGAGGCUGAAGACAAAUCUUCCAGGAGCAUCUUCAUUUAAGGUUAGAAUGAGACAGGAGACCCAAAGAGAGCAGGAGUGUGUUGCUGCUGUUCUGCUUUGCGUCCUCGCUACAAACGCCUGGUGGAUAACAUCUUUCCUGAAGAUCCAAAAGUAAUUUGAUCUACAUCUACUGAUCCUUCUCUUUGCUGACCCCUUCUGCCCCCUGCUGAUCUCCUUAAGGAUGGCCUUGUUAAAGCUGAUAUGGAAAAAUUGACCUUUUAUGCAGUAUCUGCUCCAGAGAAGCUGGAUCGAAUAGGUUCUUACCUGGCAGAAAGGCUGAGCAGGGAUGUUGUCAGACAUCGUUCUGGGUAUGUGCUAAUUGCUAUGGAGGCCCUGGACCAACUUCUUAUGGCCUGCCAUUCUCAAAGCAUCAAGCCCUUCGUAGAAAGCUUUCUUCAUAUGGUGGCAAAGCUGCUGGAAUCAGGGGAACCAAAGCUUCAAGUUCUUGGAACAAAUUCUUUUGUCAAAUUUGCAAAUAUUGAAGAAGAUACACCGUCUUAUCACAGACGUUAUGACUUUUUUGUGUCUCGAUUCAGUGCCAUGUGUCAUUCCUGUCAUAGUGAUCCAGAAAUACGAACAGAAAUUCGAAUUGCUGGAAUAAGAGGUAUUCAGGGUGUGGUUCGCAAAACAGUUAAUGAUGAACUUCGGGCUACAAUUUGGGAACCUCAGCAUAUGGAUAAGAUUGUCCCAUCUCUUCUUUUUAACAUGCAAAAGAUAGAAGAAGUUGACAGUCGCAUAGGCCCUCCUUCUUCUCCUUCUGCAACUGACAAAGAAGAGAAUCCUGCUAUGCUGGCUGAGAACUGUUUCAGAGAGCUGUUGGGUCGAGCCACUUUUGGGAAUAUGAACAAUGCUGUUAGACCAGUUUUUGCGCAUUUAGAUCAUCACAAACUGUGGGAUCCUAAUGAAUUUGCAGUUCACUGCUUUAAAAUUAUAAUGUAUUCUAUUCAGGCUCAGUAUUCUCACCAUGUGAUCCAGGAAAUUCUAGGACAUCUUGAUGCUUGUAAGAAAGAUUCUCCACGUGUUCGAGCAGGUAUUAUUCAGGUUCUGUUAGAGGCUGUCGCCAUUGCUGCUAAAGGUUCCAUAGGGCCGACAGUGCUGGAAGUCUUUAAUACCCUAUUGAAACAUCUGCGUCUUAGUGUUGAAUUUGAAGCAAAUGAUUUGCAAGGGGGAUCAGUAGGCAGUGUCACCUUAAAUGCAAGUUCUAAGGACAAUGAUGAGAAGAUUGUGCAGAAUGCCAUCAUCCAAACAAUAGGAUUUUUUGGAAGUAACCUACCAGAUUAUCAGAGGUCAGAAAUCAUGAUGUUCAUUAUGGGGAAAGUUCCUGUGUUUGGAACGUCCACUCAUACUUUGGAUAUCAGUCAACUAGGGGAUUUGGGAACCAGACGAAUUCAGAUAAUGUUGCUGAGAUCUUUGCUUAUGGUAACCUCUGGUUACAAAGCCAAGACGAUUGUUACUGCACUGCCAGGGUCUUUUCUGGAUCCUUUGUUAUCACCAUCUCUCAUGGAAGAUUAUGAACUGAGGCAGUUAGUCUUGGAAGUAAUGCACAAUCUCAUGGAUCGCCAUGACAAUAGGGCAAAGCUUCGAGGGAUCAGAAUAAUACCAGAUGUAGCUGACCUAAAGAUAAAAAGAGAAAAAAUUUGUAGACAAGACACAAGUUUCAUGAAAAAGAAUGGACAGCAGCUAUAUAGGCACAUAUACUUAGGCUGUAAGGAGGAAGACAAUGUCCAGAAAAACUAUGAGCUACUUUAUACUUCUCUUGCUCUUAUCACUAUUGAAUUGGCCAAUGAAGAAGUGGUUAUUGAUCUCAUUCGAUUGGCCAUUGCUCUACAGGAUAGUGCAAUUAUCAACGAAGAUAAUUUGCCCAUGUUUCAUCGUUGCGGGAUCAUGGCACUGGUUGCAGCAUAUCUCAACUUUGUAAGUCAGAUGAUAGCUGUUCCUGCAUUUUGCCAGCAUGUUAGCAAGGUUAUUGAAAUUCGAACUAUGGAAGCCCCUUAUUUUCUACCAGAGCAUAUUUUCAGAGAUAAGUGCCUACUUCCAAAAUCUUUAGAGAAGCAUGACAAAAAUCUGUACUUUCUGACCAAUAAGAUUGCAGAGUCACUAGGUGGAAGUGGAUAUAGUGUUGAGAGGUUGUCAGUACCAUAUGUACCCCAAGUAACAGAUGAAGAUCGUCUUUCUAGAAGAAAAAGUAUUGUGGAUACCGUGUCUAUUCAGGUGGAUAUUUUACCCAAUACCAUUCCUUCUGAUGAUGUGGUUAGUAACACUGAAGAAAUUACCUUUGAAACAUUGAAGAAAGCAAUUGAUACCAAUGGAAUGGAAGAACAGGAAAAGGAAAAGAGACGUCUUGUGAUAGAGAAAUUCCAGAAAGCACCUUUUGAAGAAAUAGCAGCACAGUGUGAAUCCAAAGCAAAUUUGCUUCAUGAUAGACUUGCUCAAAUACUGGAACUCACCAUACGUCCUCCUCCCAGUCCAUCAGGAACACUGACCAUUACUUCUGGACAUGCCCAAUACCAAUCUGUCCCAGUCUAUGAGAUGAAGUUUCCAGAUUUGUGUGUGUACUGAGUGGCUCACGAAGAUCUCAGCAUAGGAUUUUAAAGCCUAAAAAUCAAAGCCAAGCUGAGUUUUCAGAAUUUACUUAAUGCAUAUUGACAUACUUCUUGAAAAUGAUGAGGGAACUUAUCUUUAACAAAAUGCUUGGCAUAUCAUAUUAGAAGUUUGGGAACUAUAUGAUUUAUAGUACUUUUAAAGAUAGAUUCAUGCCAUGUUAUUUUGUUUUGAGGUUUCUGUUGGCUUGUAAAUUUGAACAUGUGUUUGUCUCACAUUAUUCCAUUGUUAAAACAGUAUAUUUUAAACCUUUCAAAACAUGUAAUUUUUUUAAAAAAGGAUUAAAAAUGUAUGAAAUGUUUACUGUAUUUCUUAAAUGUCUACACAACUUCUCAGAAAUAGAAUUGCUUUUAUUUUUGAUUAUCUGCAAAAGUAAAAAUAUUCCUAAUCCUGGGGUUGCAAAACUGUCAUGUGGCUUUCCGUCCCCAUGCUUAAGAAGUUUUGAUAAGCCUCCCUCCAGUCCUCUACUGUAAUAAUGUGCACUAGAUAUUCUUCAGUGUGUUCACAAUGACAAGACAUCUGUUAAUAGUAUUCCUAGAUUAUGACCCUGAGUCGCCAUACUUUACAAUGUCUGUUCUUGCAAUACUGUGUUUUCUGCCAAGAGUGUGACCCCUUGAAAGGCUUAGAGCUUACUCUUGCAGUACCGAAUUGUGCAAUAUUUUUUACAUCCUAAGAUGUAUUAGUUUACAGGCUGUGCUUUGAAAUUAUAGUAGUAUUUUGCUGUGGCUACAUUAAUUAAAUAAAAUAUAUAUUUAGUAUAGAAAAGACAGACAUUUAAAACAGCUACUAGUUCACCUGUGAGGAGUCUGUACAUUUCAAUUUCUAUUAAGAGCACAUUAAUUUAGAUUUUUAUAUGGUGCAUUGUUUUAAAUCUUCAUAGUCAAAAAAUUCUUCAGAUGGACUAAAUUAAUUUUUAAGAAUUGAACCAAAACUUGUGUGUAUCUCUGUUUAGGAUUAGUUACGUUACAUUCAAAAAGAGUGUCUGUUUUAAUAAUCAAGUGUGCUAAGGUUUGUCAAUGAAAGCUGCUUUUGAUUUCAGCUGCCCAGGUCAUAGGGACACUCUGCCUUGUGGAUUUUAGUGGAUUCUAUCACAUGAUAAAAAUGAACAACUUUCUUUGCAAUUCUUAGAAAAUUCUUUUAGGGCAUUUCUAUAAAAUCACCAGCUUUAUAGUUCUGCCUUUUCAGAUUCAGUUUCUUUUUACAUAAAAUAAUAUACAUAUCAAAAAUUGUAGCUCAAAAACAAUUCAGGUUUGACUUUUGUUUGAAAAGUUACAGUGAAGGAUUGGAUGUUUUGACUUGUGUUUAUGGUUAUUAGGGCACCUUUCAUAGAAACAGAAAAAGUUUAGGAAACUUUUUACUGAACUUGCACAUUCAGUAAACCAAAGUGCAUCAUCUUGAAAAAAAUGUAAUCAUAUGUACUUAGACAUCCUGGGCUAUUGAUUAAUGUAGAUAAACUAGACCUUGUUUUCAACAGUACAUCACCCCUGGAGGACCACAUGGCUCUGUUGCAGUUGUCACUGUAGCUUUCCCUCUUACAAGGUAAAAUGUGUCACUAGAUAGUAUGCCAAGUGUUGUGUUUUUAUUUUCCUUCUUUUUAAAGAAAUAUAUUAAUUUUUGACUGUGCAUAUAAAAUCUAAGCAGGAGGACAUGCAAAAACAAUCAUCAUCCACUUGGAUGUCAUUUUAUAAAUUUAACACUGUGUGCUUUUGUAUGGAAAAUAUAUACAGUUUAAUAGCUAAGAAAAGAUAUAUUCAUUUCCACUCAAGCAAAAUACAAACUUUGCUUUACAAAAUUUGUUAUUUCUCAGUGAUUUAAAAAUGCAUGUAUUGCAUGUAAAGGAAAACCAUUGCAAUUAAUGUUUAUCAUACCUUUCUCUUCGUCUUUGUAAGCAGUUGACUUGGGUUUUGUGAGGAGAUUUUUGUUUUUAUUAUUUUAAAUCACAGUAGACUUCUGUGUAUCCUAGUUUCAAUAGACUGAAACUGAUAUUGUUGACAGGGAUUUUCAAGAAAUGGAUCUUUCCUCUGGCUGAGCCUUCCAUGUCUGGAGGGGUUUCUGCAGGGACAAGGUGUGCAUACUCUUUUGGAACCCAUUCAGAUACAGAAACGUGAGGAUUUGUUGAAGGUCAUUGAAUUGCUAUAUUUUUGCUAGAUGUGUAAAACUCAAUAAAUUAUUAAUCAUUCUCUUUUUGCUGUAUACAGUUGUUAAUAUCAUUCUUUUGUGUGGCAUUGACAGUUAACAUUUAAGUGUCCCUCAUUUACUUGUGUUGUCUGUGGCGGCUUACAUAGAAUUUGCUUAGAAUUUACCUGAAAACACACACACGAUACUUCUGAACUCAUUGUCUUUUAGAGUAAUAUCACACUUUACCAGCAAUUAACUUCUUACUCCUCAAAAUGUUUCCUUCUGUCUGAAAAUAGAAGUUAUUUGUCUUAUUCGUGCUGAUAUGUGCUAAAUGUAAUGAAGUGUUUUUAAAUGUAAAAAUUUACUGUGCAAUCAUAUGUGAGCAAUAAAACCAAAUUGAACUA